AUGGCUGAAAGGUUAUUGGUAAGAGCACUGAAGGGUGGUAAAAACACUAAGAUUGUUACCUUGAAUGGGAAGAAGAUAACAAAGAUGCCCUCAACAUUGGAAAAACUGCCUGGCCUGAAGACUCUAGACCUUCAGAAUAACCGAAUCCCCAAAGUGUGCCCAGAGAUAAGCACCUUGACCCAGUUGACAUCACUAAAUCUGGGAAACAAUCUUCUAGAAGAAGUUCCAGAAGAGAUGAAAUACCUUACAUCUCUGAAGAAGCUCCAUUUAUUUGGAAAUAGGAUUCAUAGAUUUGCAUCUGGUGCAUGUGAUGGCUUACAAAAUUUGAUCCUGCUUAGUCUGAACAACAAUCAGCUUACAUGGAUUCCUCCAGAAGUCAGCAGAUUAAAAAGCCUUACUUAUUUGAGUAUAAAUCAUAACUGGCUAGCCAGCAUUCCUAGAGAACUUUGUUUCCUUAAGAAUCUUUCUGAACUUCAACUUAACUACAAUCAGCUCAUUUGCAUACCUGAAGAGAUUAAAUUCUUGAAGAACCUCCAGAAGCUUUUUCUGGUCAGGAACAACAUUGAAGUUUUGCCAGAGGGAUUUUGCGAUCUUAUAAACCUGAGAAGCCUCGACAUAGCGGGAAACGUUAUCCAGAUAUUUCCAUCAGGAUUUCAGAAUCUGAAGCUGAGGGAAUUCUACUGUGAAGAAAACCCACUGUUGAUGAAGCAGCCAGUCCACGCUGUAAAACAGGAGGGUGUCUGGAGGCUACAGGAAAUAACAUCAAGAUUCAUAAUGAAUCAGCUAGCAGAAAAGAAUCUUUUCCUGAUGCAAGCCGUUGAAUGGUACCCACAGGUCAGGAACAUAAUCUCUCAGGGAAGAAAAUGUGCAAUAUGUGGAAAGUCCUUUUUAGCAGUAUGGUUGGAAUGUGUUGAAUUUGUUCCUCCAUCAAAGAACUGGAAGAUAAGCAGAAAUCUACAGCUUGUACCUCUUCGAAUAUUAAUUUGUUCUUACAAAUGUUUUAAUCAACGUGGCCCUAACAUAUUUGGAAUUGCUCAAGUGGAGAGUAGGAGAAAGUCCCUGAGCAGCUUAGUUGGCAAACCCGCUGCCGGAACUUUGGGAACUUUCUGUAGGCCCCAGGGCUCCAGAUCUCACGAAGACUCUGACCUGCAGUUCGGAAGGGACCUUGAGACUCCUAGACCAGCCAUAGCAUACCAGGAUUAA